AAAAAAGCAUAAAAGAAGAUGAUAAGAUAAAGAGAGAAAAACGAGAACAUGAAAAAGAAAGCAAAGCAAAAAGAGCCAGAAGUAGUUAUAGAAAAACAAAGAGAAAAAAGAAAGAUGCAAGAAGAAAAAUAAAAGAAGAAAACCACAAAGAAAAACUACAAACUACAAAGAAGCACAAGCAGAAGAAAGAAAAGAUGAAUAGAAAGAAUAAGGAACAAAUAA